AUGCCAGUAGACCUUGCAUAUGUUGAACCCUCCAACUCCGCUAUACUCGUCAUCGACGUGCAGAAUGACUUCGUCAGCGGUAGUCUCGCCGUCCGUGACGCAGAGCAGAUUAUCAACACCAUCAACGCACUCAUUACGCUCCCAUUCGCUCUUAAAAUCGGCACUCAAGACUAUCAUCCCGCAAACCACAUCUCCUUUGCGCGUAACCAUGCGGGAAAGAAUGAGUUCGAGAAGAUCGCCAUCUUUCCUCCUGCAGAGUUGGUAGCAACGAAGAAACCUAAUGAUGAAAAGCCACUUGAAGCGCUAGAACAGGUGUUGUGGCCUGUGCACUGUGUUCAGGACACGCCUGGGGUAGCAUUUGUGGACAACCUAGAGCACGAGGGCCUAGAGGUCGUCCGUAAAGGCUGCGACGUGGGGAUCGAAUGCUAUUCUGCAUUCGAAGACCCAUGGGGGCUCACGAACACUGGGCUCAAGGACAAGCUGAAGAACAAGGAGAUAUCGAAUGUUUUCGUGGUCGGCAUAGCGGGGGAUUAUUGCGUCAAGUUUACUGCACUUGAUGCAAAGAAACACGGCUUCAGGACGUUUGUAGUUAAGGACGCGGUCAAGAGCGUGUCUGAUGAGGGGACAGAAUGGACUGAGAUGAACAAGGCGGGAGUGGAAAUCAUUGACACGGCUGAAGAGCUGUUGACGUCAAAAAUAUUCUCUCAGUAG